AUGCGUGUCAACUACCUUAGCGCUGUGUACGUUACCCGAUGUGUAGUGACCGGCAUGAUGGCUAAACGCUCCGGACACAUAUCUUUUGUAUCAUCAGCUGCUGGGCAGUGUGCCAUCUAUGGGUAUACUGCUUACUCUGCGACGAAGUUUGCUUUGAGAGGAUUUGCUGAUGCCCUGCAAAUGGAACUCUUCCCAUAUAAUAUCAACGUAUCGGUGUUGUAUCCCCCUAAUACGGACACCGAAGGAUUCAAGGUUAUAUUAGUUUAUCGAAAUUGCUCGUGA